AGUGAUCUUCAAAAGAUUUUAGCCGGCGCUCGUUGUUCAUUAAAAAGUUAUUAACAAAAGAAGUUUAAUAGUUUUGCAUGUGUUUUCAGCAAGCGAGGCAGCAUGUACGCAUGCUGCGGAGGGCUCCACUUCCAAAAAAUCUAACCUAACCCAACCUCUGUUUUUUAUUUUGCAAAGUACAUGCGUAAAUACAGUGGGUUCCGCCCCCCCCCCUGCGAGGUGGCUCCACUUUCAAAAAAUGUAACCUAACUCUUCUUGUAUUCGUAGUCAGUCACUUUUGUUAUGCAGUCUGCUCCAGAUCUUUGAGAUAUACAUUCUGUAGUAAUACUCUAUUACGUGAAAAUAUAAUAAUAAUGUAUUUACACGAAUUCUUAAAUUUAACAUACAGUUACGAUAAUCUAAUACAAUAUCUUAGUGACAAACAAGUUAUUCGCAGCAGUGUGCAGUGUCCGAAAUGUGGCAAUAUUAUAACUUACAGCAAGACGGAUAAUAGUUAUACUAUGCACUGCACUAAUGCACAUUAUAAAACUGUACCUAAACGAAAGAAACGAAGAAUAAUAUGCAAUUUUAAAAUUAGCAUAUUCAACAAUACUUGGUUCUCUAAUACUCAUUUAGAUAUUGUAAAAGUGAGCCGAUUUAUUGCAUAUUUCUUGACAAUACAACCACCACGUCAUUCGUUUCUAUGUAAUGAAUUGGAGUUACCUGAACAUACUGUUGUAGACUGGACAAAUUUUUGUAGAGAGUUAUUAGCACAGUAUUUCGUAAAGGAACAGCAACAACUUGGCGGACCAGGAAUUAUCGUAGAAAUAGAUAAGGCGAAAAUUAGUAAAAGAAAAUAUAAUAAAGGCCGUAUUUUACAAACAAAGUGGGUAUUUGGCGGAAUAGAACGCAACAGUGGCAAAGUGUUUAUUGUUCCUGUAAUAGACCGAAGUUCCAAAGCUUUAUUACCAUUAAUUCGCAAAUACAUUGCUCCUGGUACCACUAUUUAUAGUGAUUGUUCAUCCGCAUAUUAUGAACUCAAAAAUGAGAACUAUGUACACUAAACAGUGAAUCAUUCACAAAAUUUCGUUGAUCCUACUACUGGAGUACAUACUCAGAACAUAGAGAGAUUAUGGAGAGAAAUGCGUGCAAACAUUCCACGUUUUGGUACCCAGAAAGAUAAUUAUGACCACUAUAUCGCAGAAUAUUUGUUCAAAAGACUUUCUCCUUUUGAUAAACGUAUUGAUGAUUUCUUUCAUAUUAUGGCAAAAAUGUACCCGUUAGAUAGUAACUAAGUCAUUAAAACUAUCUCAUGAAACACUUUAGGUUAAAGUGAAGAAUACUUUGUACUUAUAUUGGGUCAUUAAGUAUGAAAC